UACAAAUUGCAAUAGCGGCGUCCGUCCAUGAGGUUUGUGCAUGUACGUGUACUGUAUGAAUAAAAAACGUGCAAUUUUACAUGUGUACACUGUAGACUGGUUCAAUUCUAGAAAGCUGUGCCAGGCCAAGUCAUUCUUUACGAUAAUUACAUCAUUUUUGAGCUGAGAUGAGCAUCGAAAUCCAUGUAUGGAUCUGAAAUUCUGCUGAGCUGUAAAUACAGACGAUGAUAGAUUAAUUGCAUUUUCGUGAGAUAACAAAAGAAAGCAGGAUGGAGGAAGAUUUUCCAAGAGGAGCUGUAAUUAGACGUGCUACAAGAUCAACGGAUGAAAAAAAGAAGUGCUUUGUACAAUUGGGUGUGAAACGUAGCCUUGAAGAUGUCCUGUUUAAGGAUUCAGAGCAAGCGACUCCCAGCAAGGGAAAGAAGAAGAAGAAGACAAAGAAGAGUGAAGGUGAAGAGACGGAAGAACCAGACCUUGAAGAAGAGUUUGAAGGAGCAACAGAAACAGAGGGUUUCAUUCCUAAGACACUCACAUCCAAGACCCUGAGUGAAGGCAUGCUAGUGCUAGCGGUCGUACAGGAGAUCCACGAGUAUGAAAUUGUUCUGAGUCUUCCAAACGGUCAGACAGCAUUUGUUCAGAUCACAGACGUUUCAUCUUUCUUCACACAACAGCUUCAGGAGCUGAAUGAAUCUAACGGUGCUGAAGAUCAGGAUCUUCCAAACAUCCAAGACGUGUAUCAGGUCGGGAACCUAGUCCCUUGUAAGGUCAAGUCUCUAGGGGCAUCCAAGGAUGGCCACCGGCGCAUCCAGGCCUCUCUCGAUUACAAAGAAGUCAACUCAGAACUUGGUAUCUCUUUCAUCAAAGCAGGCAUGACCCUUCAUGGCUGCGUGUCCAGUGUGGAAGAUCACGGCUACACGAUCGACCUCGGCAUCAGAGGCACCAACGCUUUCCUGGCCAAGGAGGAGGCCACCAAGGGCGCCAAAGGCAGGAAGGGUGAGACCAUGAAGACGGGGAAGCUUGUGACAUGUCUUGUCAAGGCAGUCAAGGCCAAUGGACGCUCCAUCAUCCUGACCUUUGACCCGGAGAGGUUAAAAUCCUGUAAAGCUACCAAGGCGACACAUACCACGUUUUCAUCUCUGAUACCGGGCACAAGACUAGAUGCUAUGGUUACAAAGGUACUUUCAAACUCCCUGAUCAUGGACAUCUUUGGUCUGUACAAGGGCUGUGUAGACCCCAUCCACCUCAAGGAUACUGUAGAUGAACUCACCAAGUAUGAUAUUGGUCAAAAGCUGGUGGCUGUUGUUCUGUAUAACUGCCCCACCACCAAGUCCAUCGGGCUCAGCCUGAACCCAGCUCAUCACAAAACGACCUUUGACCCUGCCACUGAUGUGAUCCGUGACCUUUCACCUGGUGACAUCAUUGAAGCUGCAUUGGUGGUCAGAGUUCAGGAGAAGGAGAAUCUAAUUGUGCAGCUGAAUCCAAAGACGAGAGGCAUUGUAUAUCAUUCCCAUGGCAGUGAUGACAAGCAGAAGAGGUACAGUCCAGCCAGCGUUGGGGAGAAGGUCAGAUGCCGCAUCCUGAGCUUCAACCUCUUUGACCGGCUGGCCAUCGUCUCCAUGAGGAAGUCCAUCUUGGACAAGCCCUUCCUCGGGAUCAACGAUGUUAAGCCAGGCAUGCUGGUCAAGGGAGUGAUCGAGUCUGUGAUGUCGAGAGGAGUAGCUGUCAAGAUCCAAGAUCGGAUCCAUGGUUUUGUUCCAAGAACCCACCUUGCUGACAUUCCUGUACAAAAGCCACAAGAACGAUUCACUAUCGGAUCAGAAAUCGAACUGAGGGUCCUCCUUGUGGAACCUGCCAAGAGGCGCGUCCUUCUGACCCACAAGAAGACCAUGGUCAAAUCAAGCCUACCAUUCCUGGCCUCUUACGCCCAACCCAAGCUGGGCAUGUGGAUCCAUGGCUGUGUCGUGGCCGUCAAGGACUUUGGCUGCAUCGUCUCGUUCUACAAUGAUGUCAAAGGCAUCAUCCCGAGGGCCGAGCUGGGAAUGGACGAAAGCUCGUCUCCCACAGACAACUUCUACGUUGGCCAAGUUCUGAAGUGUCGCGUCCUCAGAACGCACAGUCCCGAAAGCAAGAAGCUGGCGCUCUCCCUCAGGAAAGACGGCCGGAAAGAACGGGAAUCCUUUGAGGCCGGAAAGGAAUCGGAACCCAGCACAUCGAGGAUGAUGGAUUCGAUUGCGAGUGAGGGAUCAUCAGAAAGUGAAUUUGAGGAUGAAAGCGAGGAGAAACUAGAAGACGGUUACCAUGAAGAUGCGGACCAAGACGAACUGGAGGAGAUGCAGAUGGAGUUAGAGAAAGAAAGAGAACGAGCCGAGAAACGGGAGAAGACAUUAGUGCUCGAGAAGGAUACCUCACCAUCUAAUGAAUUCUUCCAGGAGAUUGCGGAAAGCCUUAAGGCAUUUUCGAGUAUAAUGGUAGAUGUGAAGCUAAUGAGACUAGAAAUGAAAACCAUGAAAGGCAUGUUGCAAGAACUGACAGGGAAGAAGAAGAAAAUGGUGAUGGAGAGGAGGAGAGUGAAAGUAAAAGAUGAUGGUAGUGCAAGGGAUGGAGGGCAGAUGGCAGAUAUGGAGGAGUCGGAGGAGCAAAAGAGAAGAGUGCUCGAUGAGAAUGACUUAGGGGAUAGAGACAUUGAGGGUAGGAAUGAGAGAGAAAGCGUGGAUUGCUCUGUGGAUAACAACCGUGAGGGUGGUGCCAAGGGAUAUGCGGAAAUGGAUGAGUUCCAAAAGCUGGAUACCAUGCAGAAUGUUGAAGUAAGAAGACCAGGUAGAGGCAUUAUAUCAAAAUUUGAAAGAAGAAGUGUAGAGCAGGAUCCAGGCAGAGAGGUGAGGAAGAGGAUAGUCAAGAGUAAAGAGAGUUUGAGGAAAGAUGUGACAGAGAAAAAAUGGGAGCCAUUAUCAGAACAAAUGAUCUCUGAAUUGCAUGGAAGGGCUAGAAAUAGGGCUGUUUUUUCCACGUGUUUAAUAAGGAAACUUAUUAGUGAUGAUGUACUGAUAAACAGCAACUGCUAUGGCAAAGUUCGGAGCAAUUCCAGGAGACCCAACGUUGAACCUAUCAAUCCGGACAUUCUGAUGUACGUCCUGGAAAAAACCUAUGACCAGUAUGGCGUUGAGGAAUCUGACAAAAAAGCAUGCCAUCGUGAAUGCAUUGACUGCAUUGAUUCUCAUUGUAGAGGUGUGUUUAAAAGGCACAUGGCUGGGGAGUCUAAAAGUAGGACAGAUAGGAUGAAGCCGUAUGUGGGAACAGGGUUAGAACAGGAAUGGAAGCCAUUAUCAGAAGAAAUGAUCUCUGAAUUGCGUGAUUGUUCUAGAAAUAGGGCUACUUUUUCCAGUUAUGUAAUAAGGGAGCUUAUUAGUGAUGAUGUACUGAUCAACAGCAACUGUUAUGGCAGAGUUGUGAUCAAUUCCAGGAGACCCAACGUUAAACCUAUCCAUCCAGGCAUUCUGAAGUACACCUUGGAAAAAACCUAUGACCAGUAUGGCGUUGAGGAAUCUGACAAAAAAGCAUGCCAUCGUGAAUGCAUUGAAUGCAUUGAUUCUUAUUGUAGGGGCGUGCUUUCAAGGAAAAUAAUAAAGGAGUCUAAAAGCACUACAGGUAGAAAAGAGGGGAAUGAGGGAACAGGGUUAGAAUCGGAAAGAACUGGGUCACCAAGGAAUAAUGAUUCAGGAGUUGGAAAGGUGGCUAAUGGUAAAGGAAGAAGUGUAAAGAGUUGGUUGUCUAAAGCAGAGAUUACCAUCAUUCGCAGAAAGGUUUUCUUGAAUUCAACUGCCAAGUUUGCGAGAAAUCUCUUGAAGAAGCUUGUUAGCGAUGAUAUUCUGAUGCACAGCAACUGCUAUAACAGAUAUCGCAGUGAUUACCCAAGACGGAAGAUUGACCCAGACAUCCUGAGGUAUGUUUUGGAGACGACGUAUGAUAAAUUUGAUGUGGAUGUAUCAAUGAAGAAGGAUUGUGACCGGGAGUGCGUUGAAUGCAUGAAUGCCUACUGUAAGCGCCUGCAUGCCAAGGUGAGGACGAGUCGAUCCAAAAACGAAAGAGAUGAGGAAGGGAUGGAUGCCAGUAAGGAAGCAGAUAGAAAUGAGUCACCGAGGAAAGGCAAGAACUUGAGAGAUGGAGACACCAGCAUCAAACAGGAUGAAGAUGGGACAAGGGUAGAGAGUGAUGUUCGGAAGGGAGGAGGGGCAGAGGAGAAACUACCAUGGGAAAAGCUGUCAGAAAAAGAAAUUACAGAUGAGUGGAGGGACGCUGCAAUAAGGUCGUGGGGAACAUUUGCAAGAACCAUCUUGACAAAGCUAGUUGACAAUGAUGUGCUAGCACGUAGCAGGUGCUUUCAAGGUGCAACAAGAGAUAGACUUCCGAUUAACUCUGCCCUUCUUCACAGGAUUCUAGAGCUGACAUAUGAUGCCUUUGGUAUCGAUGAAUCUAAUAAGAAGGUUUGCUAUGAGAAAUGCAUCAGCUGUAUAGAUUUAUAUUGCAUGAAUCUGUUCUUACAAAAUAAAAAAAAAAGAGAAGAAGAAAGGAUAGAGAAGGGGAAUGAAGCAGAAGAGCCCGAGUUGCUGGAUACCAUAGCAGACCCAACAGAUGAAGUAGCAGAUGCUACACAUGAUGAAGACAAGAACAGCAGUGGAGAAAGAUCUCUGUCCAUCCCAUCUACAAACCAAAGAGAAUGGGAAAUUGUAGGUGCAGAGAAGCAAGCAGAAAGGCCCAAGUUGCUGAGGAAUGAUGAAGACCGGACAGAAAGAGAUUUUGAUUCCAGACACACUGAAGAUGGGAGCAGCAGUGUUGGAAGUGAUGCAGUGAAUGGAGAAGUGAUUGUUGCAGAUGGGGAGGAAAGUGUAGGAAAAAGGGAAGACAGUGUAGUAAGGAAUCGAGAAGAUAGUGUUUUAGGGGAUGGACAGGGAGUUGUUGAAGGGGCUAGAUUACCCUGGGAAAAGUUGUCCGACUAUGAGAUCAGCAGCAUAGCCACACGAGCAAGAACAAGUGAAUACUUUGCCAAAUGCCUCAUGACGAAGCUUGUGAGUGAUGACAUUCUCAUAAAUAGCAGCUGUUCUGGAGAGAGAUCUUGGGAGGACUACAUAUGCAGUAGACCCCCAGUCCAACGGAUCGAUCCAGGUACCCUUAAUUACGCACUAGAGAUGACAUUUGAUGUGUUUGCCAUCAAUGAAUUCGAGAAGCAAAAGUGCAACCAGGAAUGUAUCAUUAGCAUCAAUGCGUAUUGCAGAGACCUCUUCAGAAAAUCCAUGAAGGGGAAGUCAGGAAAUGGAGCGGAUGGAGAAGGUAUAAAUGAAGGGAAGGAUAUCCAUGAAACCUGUCAUGAUAGAUGUACACCGGAGAGAAGCGUGGACUUGCUAAAUAGUUGUAAAGUGGAGACAGACAAGGAAGGGACUGUUACAGACAAAGAGGCUGAGAGAAGUGAAAUGUCAUGGAGUGAUAAAGAGUACGAUGAUGAGCUUGGUUGGUACAGUGACUUCAGUCCUGGUGAAGCUAAUGACAUGAUGGAACACAAUCUAAUGAGUGAUGGAAGUGAUGAAGAAGGAGUCCAUGAAGUAGCGAACGUAGGGAGAGAAAAGACAUUAGAGAGUGAUGAUGAUUCUGGAGAUAAGUGUGUUGGGUAUAGUCCAAAUGAAAGUGAAGGUAGGAUGGCAAAUGAAACUGCGAGGUGUGAAAAAAUUGACCAAAGAGAUGAUGUAGUAGUUAAAGUAAAGGAGGAGAAACCGAUGGAGACUGACAGUGGUUCUGGGUACUGCCCAAGGGAAGAUAAAGGUGAAAAUGAAGUGAGGAUGAAGGGAAGUGAUGACAGAAGAGACCAGGAGGUAGUGAAUGCAAUGAAAGGAAAACAAUUGGAUAAUAUAUCACAGGAUGACAUUGACAUGAGCAGACGGUUUGACUUGAACCGUGAUGUUAGUGUGGACAGAGGCAAGGAUGGGAUGGGUGAGGACAGAGAAGCUCAAAGUAGUAAGGCAGUUGGUCCUGGCAUUUCGAAGUGCAGUGUAAGGAAAGAUGCCGGGGUAGGAAAGAAGGAAGGAAGUGGUUUGAUUAAUGAAGAUAAGACAGGAGAUGAAGUAGGAGUUCAUGGUACAAAGAGACAGUCCUGGGUGCCUUUAUCUGAAGACAUCAUCAUCAAAAUACGGGCUAAGUCCAAAUCAAGGGGGAACUUUGCCAAAAUUGUCCUUACAAAUAUCCUGGAUAAUGCCAUUCUGAGAAAAAGUAUCUGGAGUGUGGGAGCAGCAUUGGGUAAGAGAUCCCAUGCCCAACCAAUUGAUCCAGACAUUCUGAGGUAUAUCUUGAACACCACAUAUGACAUGUAUGGUGUUGAAGAAUCUGACAAGGAAAUUUGUGAACGAGAAUGUGCGAGUCAUGUUGAUUCGUACAUCAGAUUACUGUCCUAUAUGGCAGAGCCUAAAGUAGGUCCUGGUAAUCCAUUGUCUACAAAGGAGCUCUGGAUCUUGCAUGAUAAAUCUAGUAACCGGGCCUGUUUCGCUAGGCGGCUCUUGAACAAGUGCAUAAGCAAUGACGUUCUGAUGAAUAGCAACUGCACUGGGAAGACACUACAAGCAUCUAAGAGAUCUAACGUCCAAGCAAUCGAUCGUAGCAUACUAAAAUAUGUUCUGGACACAACAUAUUGUAUAUAUCAUGUGCCUGAAGCAGCCAGGGUGAUAUGCAAAAAUGAAUGCACCUUUUACAUUAAUAAAUAUUGUCGGGAACUGCAUCGUCAAACAAGAAAGAAGCUAGAGAAAGUAGGAGACGCGAGAGCUGUGGAUGAAAAAAUACAGAAUAAGAAGGAGUCUGUAUUGAAUGAUAGUGAUGCUGAUGAUGGGUUGUUGGAGUACAGUCUUAGUGAAGAUGAAGAAGGGGAGGAGGAGGAAGAAGAGGAGGAAGAAGAAGAUUCUGAUUCAGAUUCUGAUUCAGAUUCUGAUUCUGAUUCUGAUUCUGAUUCUGAUUUUGAUUUUGAAAAUGUCUGAUGAAUUUAGAUGAAUAGAAUGGAAAUGGUGAAAGUAAAGGAAAGGGAGUACGAUGAGGGAGAGAAGAUUAAGAUGAUUGGUUCGAUCAAUAAAGACACGAGUCUAUAGAGAACGAAUAACAAUUUCAGUAGUUAGUAAUAACUACUGUGUUGACAUUAUUUACAUCCGCUCAUGUGCUAAAUCAGAAACAAGGAUUUUUGCUAUGUCAUGAGGGAGCGAUUUUUUUAACAGGAGGGAACCAAUCUUUUGUUAUUUCUUUUCUUGUUUCUUCAAUUUCAUCAGUGUCUGGGGUAAAGAUAUUUGCUUUAAUGAUUCUUGUAUUCACAGUGUACAGCUUUGAUGUACAUGAACCUGUACACUGCCUAUCUGAUUCUGUGGACAAUAAAUUGCAUUUUCAGAUUAUAACAUUUUAAAGGUUAAUUUGUUUAUCUUGUAUGAUAAAAAGGCACUUUGUAACUCUAAAAAAUGCCAGAAAGAAAAAGUGAUAACAUAAUGUUAUAGAAAGCAAGCUCCUACAUUGUGUGACAAUGUUACAUUAUUUCUUUGCAAUUACUCUAGCUUAAUGUUUUUUUGUUGUUGUACUUUAUGGUUAAAAUUACAUUUGUACUUGUACAUGCAGGGUUCUUGUAUAUAUGGAGGAUUCUUGUUGUAUCAAAAAUUGGGAUUGAUAAUUCUGUUUAUUUAGCCUGUGUAAUUUUCCAUCAAAUUUUGAGGGGCAUCAUUUUUUUCUUCAAUUAUUUCAGUCUUUUGUCUCGACUGGACAUAUUUACAUAAUGUACACAGUAACAAAAGUAUGAGAAAUCAUGCUUUUACCCAAAGCAGUUAAAAUGUUUUUCAUGGCUACAUUCCAUUAUCUUUUGAUCAGGAAGGAUUUACCCAUAAUUCAUGAGUAGAGAGAACUAAAUCACUGAAAAAGAUGACUUCAUUUCUCAUGCAGUGCAUUGUGUCAUUUAUGAAUAAGAUGGGUGAAUUAAAAAUUAGGCAUGGAAGUCACCAAAUAGGCAAUGCAGCAUUUUAUGAAACAAUUGAAUUAUUUUUUUGCAUUUUGCAAUUUUCAUUCUCAUUAGUUUAUUUAAUAUACAAUUUCAUUUGUCUGAUAGUUUGUCAUUGGGAAACCUUAAUGCAGCUUCAGAAGCCAACUAUAAACCUUUUAGAACAUUCUAAACUUAAACAAGGCAGAGUAUGAAUGUGGAUCAGAUUGCAAAGCAUAAUAUUUCUCUGGUUAAUGUUCCUUCGUAGCUAUGUAGACCUAUACAUGUCAUACAUGUACAGCAUGUUGUAAAUAUUUAUUGAAAUUCUUGCCGUACACUGGCACUUCUCAAAAAAGCAUAGUCUGCAGGCAAAUAAGUCUUUGUGUAGGACGUGUAGAUUUUUUAUAAAUGUUGAUAUUAUUUUGUUUUAGUUUUUAAAAUUAAUACUGGCAUGUGAAAUUGGUGCACAUAUUUGCAAGUACUACUCAAGAGAUAAGAGUUUAUACAGUAGGCUUGCAUUUUUUUUCCUUUAUGUUCUAUUAGAAAAAAUAUCAGCAUGUAAUUUGCUUUAUCACAUUUGUUAUUAAAUUCAAUAUUCUCUACAUUCAUUUUGUAAUAACUCAUAUUUGAAUGAUGAAUUUUGUGUUCUUUUAGUGUGUCAUUAUUUUGUUGAUAAUGAAUUGUAACAAGGACAAUUGUGGCAAGAAAUUUAUUUUUACAAGAUACUUUCUGGAGUAUUGCUUCGCGCAUUUCCAGUAGUAUCACAACAAUUUACUUGUUCAAACUUGUAAGCUUGAGAUAACAGAAGCUCAAGUUAUUUUGUGGAAAUGUGCCUUACUUGUAUAUCAAGUACCCACAGGUUUGCCCAUAAAGUUGGAACAUUCUUUCAUUAACUCUUUUCAUGAACUUUUUUCAUGAAGUGAUUGCUACAAUGUGGUUUAUUCUUGAUAGAUGCAGUUCAUAUCGUCUCAGAACUUUAUGAUUAAUCUAAAGAGAUUAAUUGAUAAAGUUCUGAGAAGAUAUGAACUACAUAAUCAUGUAUGUACCUUUUGAAGAAUAAACUAUAUUGUCACAAUCACUUCGUGAAAACAGAUAUGAAGAAUUAUUGCAACUUUAUAGUCAACAGUGUAGUUGGGUAGAGUCCACUGAGUAUAGUUUUAUUUUCAAGGAUUUUUACAAGAAAAAGUGAGAUUGUGUUGGGAAUACAUUUGUAAAUUUAUAUCACAUUCCUACUUCAUAUUUUCAGAGCUAGAGAGCAGCAAGUUCCAAUGUAUAUUUGUUGAAUCACUGUUUAAUAAACGUAUUAGCAGAAGUACAAACAUGUCUGUGUCAUUGCAAGUAGGGCAAGUUUUCUACUGCUGUUUGUUGUAAUUAUAUUGGAUAUUCAAUAAAAAGUGCAUUUCUUAAACUUACAAUUUGUUGGUUAUUUCUUUAACUUUAAGGAACAUUUAACAUUUUGUAAAUUUUUCUUUACAGAGGUAAUAUGUGAACCGGGAAUAUACAUGUAGUAUACCGGAGUGGAACCCCCAAAUUUCAGAGCAAAUUACUUGGUCCUCUUUUGUAUAUAAAAAUUCAAGAUAUUCAA